CUUCAAAGAUCCAUGCUUUGAUAAUCUCUUGCUUGAGGAACGCUCUUGUUGCUCAACAGCUCUAUUUGUUUAAGUACUGACAAUUCCAAGGUCCGAGAGAACCAACAACAUAUUUGAACCGAGAAGGUCACAGGUCAACUAUAGUCAAUCUGAGGUGGAGAAGUAGAGAUAGUUCGAGGAUCAACAUAAGAGGAGGAUCAGGAUGCGUACUCAGGUGAAGGUCUUGCUUGGAGCUGGUACGCUCAGUGCCGUCGCUUCCACGAAGUCACCCGCGUCUGGCGUUUCACGUGUGAUCCAACUGCUUACCUCACUCAAGCAGAAGGUGGAGACGGAAACCGCGGCUGGUGCAAAGGAGGCCGAAGCAUACGCAGAUGCGUGCAUCAAGAGCGUGACUGAGCUCGAAGCAGAUGUGAAGUAUGGCGGCGAGAAGGCAGACGAGUUCGCGGCCAUGCAGGAGAGCGAGAGCGCAAAAGCAGACGGAUUUUCUGUCGAAGUUGCGACACUAGGUCCGCAAAUCGCCAAACUCCAAGAAGAAAAGAAAACGGCUGGAAUCGUAAUACCAAGACAUCUGAGUUGAGACAAAUUAAUGUUAAGAGGCGUUCGUCAAGAACAGCGUUUCUGACAAUGACAUUUACACUUUCACCAGUAGUUCCUUGGCUAGCGAAGAAUAUAGAUAGCGGAUUUCAAAAAUAGUUACUGUAUGAUGAACUUCAAAUCCCUACUAGGUCCGCGCCGACGAGUCCAAGACCUUCCAAGGUGAAGAAAACGAGUUAGUCGAGGCCAGCACUAUGCUGACCCAGGCUUACUCCGUCCUCAAGCGAUCCCUCUCCGGUUCCACCGCCUUCUUGCAACAAGCUCCGGAGGGAGACCGAGUUAAGAAAGUGGUUCAGGCUUUGUCCGCCGUUGUCUCCGCGUCUUGGAUUGAUGCCAAAUCUACCGACAAAAUCAAAUCUUUUCUCGAGGCUGAUGACAGCUUGACUCUGAAGCAACCGCAGGCUAUUGUUUCCGCCUACGAAAGCAAGAGCGGAGGAAUCUUGGAUGCCAUUGAGGAUUUGCAAGUACUAUUUUUGGUUUGAGAUGGAUUCAUUUGGACUUAGAUUUAGAAAAUUUAGAUUUUCGAGCAACGCGCAGCUUGCUUCUUUAGACCAAAGUUCUCUUUGAAACUGGUCGAGUCGUUCUUUGCAUUCUCUCGAGUUCAUCAUGUUCUCACUGUUACAUCAACCCCAGGAGAAGACCGCCGAGAGUUUGUCUCAUCUCCGAUCCAAGGAGAUGGACGCCAAGCAUGCUUAUGAGCUCCUCGCUCAAGAUCUGACGAACCAAAUCUCUACCAAGGAGGAUCUUCUUGCCGCCGCCAAGCAGAACCAGGCUGAUGCCGCCGAAGCCGCUGGCAAGGCUGGCGCUGACUUCGCUGCGACCUCUGAUGCGCUCGCCAGCGACAAGCAGUCUUUGGCCGACACCAAGGCUGACUGCCACAAGGCCGCUGAUGCUUGGACCGCCAGAAAGGCCUCUGCUGAUGACGAAAUGGACACUCUGGCCAAGGCCAUCGAGAUCCUGUCCGGCAAGUUCUCGCUUUUGCAGACCAGUGCCCAUGUUGUGAGGAAGGUUAUGGCAACACAUAUAAUAAGUAAACCGGUUAGUUUUUACCUCUCAACCUUAGGCUUAUCCCAUGAAGCAACAAAUAAGUAAAACUCAGAAGUAUGAUUUCCUGCUAACACGAAGAGCUCGACAAUAACACCUUGCCCGUCCUCCCUAUACCCUUCCUUCCUUUCAUACCCCGUUCCGACGAGUUCGAGAUCCGCGAGAAGGCUUCCGCCAUCCUCCGCCGAUUGGGACACAAGUUCAACAACUUUGGUCUCCUCCAGGCUGCCUCAUCCGCUCAGGCUGAUACCUUUGGAAAGGUCCGCACCCUCAUCAAGGACAUGAUUAUGAAGCUCGAAGAAUCCGCAGCCGCUGAAGCGUCCAAGGAAGCCAAGUGCAAGAGCGACAUUGAGAGCGGUAUUUCUCCUACAACUACUACUACUGGACAGUUUUUAGACUUGUUAUUCUUCGGUUUAGAUGAAAAUGAAAUGGUGAGACUCGACGUGAUGAUGGAUUCUUGUCAAUCGGUAAUGUAAAUACCACCGCAAACAACCAGCAACCAACUCCAGUUCAGAACACCCUCUCCAACAUCCUCCUUCAAUCUUCCAAUAACAAUAACCGUCUCCAGGCACGCGCGACGUCAAGGUGAAGGGUAUGCAGAUGAAGAAGGUCCAGACCCGAUUGGAUGCCUCUUCUGCCAAGAGCUCUCAAUUGACCGUCGAGAUUGACGAAUUGAACACCGAAAUCAAGGACUUGGGCGUUGCUAUGCGUGCCGCUACCGCUAUGCGCACCGAGGAGAAGAAGUCCAACGCUGCCGUCGUAAAGGAUGCGGAGGAGGCCAUUGAGGCUAUCAACGGUACUUCGGUUUUAGAUUUGGAUUUCGAAGUUGAAUGUGCUGCAUUUGUGAUUCGAUACAAUUUAGUUUUGCAGGGAAAGAGAGAGAGAGAGAUCUACGCGGAAGAAAAUCAGAAGACUAUCUAAACUUACCGCACCGACCAUUCGCAUCAUACACCCACCUUCUGCCCGAACCUCUAACAGGUGCCGUCUCCACCUUGACCGAGUUCUAUGGUGGUGCUUCGUCUCUGCUUCAGACCAACCAACCCCAGACCGAUGCUGCUGGUCCGAUCAUCGCUAUCCUGCAACAGGCCCAAACCGACUAUGAGAAGAUCCGUCAGGAGACUGAGGCUGCUGAAGAAGCCGCUGAGGCCGACUACGAGAAGGACAUGCAGGAUGGAAAGGUGUCUCUGGCCAAGAAGAAGGCUUUGGUCGAAGGCAAGACCGCUGAGAAAGCGACUUUGAAGGUUAUGGGUCUCUUGUAAAUUUAGAAGACUUUUCGUUAGUCGUGCCAGACUGGUGUGCUGCAUAAUCCGGUUUCUUGACACUAUGCAGAGCUAGAACAUGAGAAAUCAUCUCCUGUUGACUUAUCAAUGUUCUUCUACAUCAGAAUCUAAAUCUAUCCGCACCUCCUCUAACUUUAUCAUGAUCGCCCAACUGGAUGACGACCUUGGUAAUGCGCAGAAGGCGUACGAAGCGUCUGUCGGCUUCUUGAAGAACAAGAAGGAGGAAUGUGCCAACAAGGCCAUGUCCUACGAAGAGCGCAAGAUGCGACGUGAGGACGAGAUCAAGGGUCUUCAGGAGGCUCUGGAAAUCUUGUCGGCUGAAGAAUAGAUUAUUUGACAGCUCCUGGGCUUGUUCAAAUAGGGAGGGAUGCUUGGUCUUUUGACUAUAUGACAUGCUUGUAAUCAUUGAUUUGGAUUUCACCGAAUCAUGGAUAGAAAGCCAUAAUAUGGUCGUUGUUGUCCUGUCAUAGAUGCACCAUAGGAGUCUGGAUGCUUUCGUUUCAUUGAAUGUACGGUGCCCAUGUGUACAGUCCUUAAUCAUGCUAGGGGUCGUCAUAUACAAACACACCACUUUUACCUAAUAUUUCAACCUUAUUUCGGAUUCGGUCGUUAUUUCCACGAUUAUCAAAUAUUUAUGUCAAGGUCAACAAGCACAACAUGAUUUCCACAGAUACUACUGCCUAAAAUUUCCAAUGUUUUCCUUCAAUUGUCUUUUCCAAGCAGCAUUUUAAUCAAACUAUUUCAUCCACUGUACUGCUGACAGACGUGAUACUAUGCGUUACGUGAAUGUCAUUUUUCUAUGCGGAUUGUUUUGUACUUGUUUGUGACUGGUGAGGCCCUCAAGGAAACGGAAGCGCUGGCCAAUGGGGGAGCUGAAAGGAAGUCGAAA